AGUGAGCAUACUACUACAAAACAAUUUUGUAAUUGGUUAAGUUCUAUUUUAGGAAGAUAAUAUUUGAUUGUAGCGAAAUAUCUUGGACUAAUAAUAGUGAACUCUCUUAUAACAUAGUAUAAAAUAUAAUCACCUUCAUUGAAAAAUAAAGGAAAAGAACUUGUGACAAACCAACUACUAAAAGUUACUUUAAUUUUAUAUAGGAAGAUAUCUAUAUAAAUCCUCGUUUUGUUCAAUAUAAUUAAGAUGAUCAGAUUUAUUGAAUGGGAAAAGGUUCAUAACUUAUUGUGCUUUAAACUAAACCGUAAGCAUUUAGUUCAAUAUAUACAGUAGAUGUAUAUGGGGGUAAAGAGACCAAAUCUGGUACCAAAUCAUUGUCUUAAUACUCUGCAUUAUAUGGUUCAAUGUGAAUAACUAAAUACCGAUGUAUGUAUGUACGUAUAAAGUGUAAUGAUCUAUAUCUAGCUCCAUAAAUUUUAAUUGUCAUCUUGUCUCUUACGAACGUCUUCUGAGUGUCUCUUCAUCGCCGGAAAGAACACCGGAGACAACAACAAGGGCUGCUGUGUUGUUCCGUCGUAAUCUCUCUCGACAACCUCGAUCAAAAGGAUCCAAAGUCUCGGCGAGAAACGUUUUAUUUAUCAGAUGGAGAGCAUAACCAAGUGGGAAUUGGGAUCAGUCCGAACGUAUUACUCCAUUAAAUCUCGUGAGAACUUUCAAGAAGACGAGUUUCUAGACAUUAGCCUCGUUCCUCGACUUCAAGAGGAGUUAUGGAAGGCUCAAUCGAGAAUCAAAGAGCUCGAGGCCGAAAAGUUUGGAUCAGGGGACAAUGUUAGAUGUUUCAUCAGAAACCAAAGAAAUGAGAGAGAAGAAACUAACGAUGCAUUAGUUGACUGCUUGAAGGAGAAGUUACGCAAAGAGAGGGAAGAAACGAAAAGAGCUAAAGCUGAGAAUUCUAGGUUAAAGAAGAAGAUUUUGGGUAUGGAAUCAUCAGUGAAUCGGUUGAGAAGAGAAAGAGACACAAUGGAGAAAGUGUGCGAGGAACUGGUUACAAGGAUAGAUGAACUGAAAGCGAAUACAAAGAAGAUGUGGGACGAGACUGAGGAGGAGAGAAAGAUGUUGCAGAUGGCUGAGAUGUGGAGGGAGGAAAGGGUUAGGGUUAAGUUCACGGAAGCCACACUUGCCUUGCAAGAAAAGUACGAGGAAAUGAACUUGUAUGUGGUUGAGUUAGAGAAGUGUUUGCAGAUGGUGAGAGAAGUAGGAGGAAGUGAGGAGAUGGGGUUGAGAAGAGGUGAAGGUUUGGUAAAGAUUGCGAGAUCUAUGGAACCUAUAGACAGUAACAAUGAUUUUAAGUUUGUGUCUGAUUGAGAUAAAUGUUCAACAACACUAAUGUAAUGUGUUACAACAUACGCGAGUUUUUAUUGAUUUUUUUCAAAAAUACUAUCCA